CUGCGGGUGAGCGGCGCCGGCUCGCCGCUGAGUCAUCAUGUCCGCCCUGACGCCCCCGAGCGACGCGCCCACCCCCACCACCGACAAGAUCACCCAGGCGGCCAUGGAGACCAUCUACCUGUGCAAGUUCCGCGUGUCCAUGGACGGAGAGUGGCUCUGCCUGCGGGAGCUGGACGACAUCUCGCUCACGCCCGACCCCGAGCCCACCCACGAAGAUCCGAACUACCUCAUGGCGAACGAGCGCAUGAACCUGAUGAACAUGGCCAAGCUGAGCAUCAAGGGCCUGAUUGAAUCGGCUCUGAACCUGGGGCGGACUCUGGACUCUGACUACGCGCCUCUGCAGCAGUUCUUCGUGGUGAUGGAGCACUGUCUGAAACAUGGCUUGAAAGCCAAGAAAACGUUCCUUGGACAAAACAAAUCUUUCUGGGGACCUCUGGAACUGGUGGAAAAACUUGUGCCAGAAGCUGCAGAGAUAACAGCAAGCGUUAAAGAUCUUCCAGGACUGAAGACACCAGUAGGCAGAGGGAGAGCCUGGCUUCGACUGGCAUUAAUGCAAAAGAAACUUUCUGAGUAUAUGAAAGCUUUGAUCAAUAAGAAGGAACUUCUCAGUGAAUUCUAUGAACCCAACGCCCUCAUGAUGGAAGAAGAAGGAGCUAUCAUUGCCGGUCUGUUGGUGGGUCUGAAUGUCAUCGAUGCAAAUUUCUGCAUGAAGGGAGAAGACCUGGACUCUCAGGUUGGCGUUAUAGAUUUUUCUAUGUAUCUCAAGGAUGGGAGCGGCAGUAAAGGCAGUGAAGGAGAUGGCCAGAUCACUGCGAUUCUGGACCAGAAGAACUACGUCGAGGAGCUCAACAGACAUCUGAAUGCUACAGUAAACAAUCUCCAGGCAAAAGUAGAUGCUUUAGAGAAGUCCAACACUAAACUGACAGAGGAGCUUGCUGUUGCAAACAACAGAAUCAUUACUUUGCAAGAAGAGAUGGAAAGAGUUAAAGAAGAAAGUUCCUACAUACUGGAAUCCAACCGAAAGGCUCCCAAGCAGGACAGAACCGCGGAAGGACAAGCGCUGAGUGAGGCGAGGAGGCACUUAAAGGAGGAGACGCAGCUGAGACUGGACGUCGAGAAGGAGCUGGAGCUGCAGAUCAGCAUGCGGCAGGAGAUGGAGGUGGCCAUGCGCAUGCUGGAGAAGGACGUCUGCGAGAAGCAGGAUGCCCUGGUGUCUCUGCGGCAGCAGCUGGACGACCUCAGGGCUCUCAAGCAUGAGCUUGCCUUUAAGCUGCAGAGUUCAGACUUAGGAGUGAAACAGAAAAGUGAAUUAAACACUCGCUUAGAAGAGAAGACCAAUCAGAUGGCUGCUACCAUUAAGCAACUGGAACAAAGUGAAAAAGAUUUGGUGAAACAGGCAAAGACCUUAAAUAGUGCAGCAAAUAAACUGAUCCCAAAACCUCACUAGACACUUUGCAGUUGGUCACCUCCCAAGUCUGAUGUCACAGAUGAAUUAUAAAAGGAAGAGAUCUGAAAGCUCCUAUUUAAGCUCAGAUUCUAUAUAAAAUUUCACUAAAAAUUGACUUUGAAUUUAUUAAACUUUUAAUCAAACUUGUUAUUUUUCCCCAGAAUUAGAAAAUUUGGUAUGCAUUCCUAAUUAAAUACCAAAUAAGCCUUGAGAGAUAAUUUCUGAAUUGAACAAGAAAUAAAAACACCAUUUUUUAAAAGCCUAGGGAAUCGAAGCUCUGUAUGUAUGUGAAGAAAGCCUUCACACCCAGUCCCUGGAAGUAAUCAGACUAGGUUUGUGUCAGCAUCAGCAAGCCUGCCGUGCUGGGGGAGAUGGUCUGGUGAUCAGGGGUCUCCUCAGCUACCUUUCUCUCAGACCACAGCCCCUCCUCUCUUGCAUUCUUGCAAGUGUGAUCCCCAAUCCAAGGAUCAGUACUCUCUUUAACUACAGUUAUAUUCUCAACAACCAAGAUUACCUGAUUUUUUUUUCUUUUUGCCUUAGUGAUUCUGGCCAAAAAAAAAGCAGCAUCCUUACAUUUCUUUAACUGACAUACAGUUAGUAGUGCGUUAGCUCAUGAUAACACAGUGUGGAAGGCUGAGAAACUCUUAGCAUUAGCCAUCUGCUACCUCUGCCCCUCUCUAAUUCCACCUUCUGUCUAGGUAGCUCAGAGAAAACAGUUCAAUAAAAAUGCUCUUUUCCUAUGAAAAAAAAUGCAUUACACAUUUUCCAGAUCUACCCCGCUCUUUCUGUGGGAAUCACGAGGACCCAUUAGACAGGAGCCAUGACCCUCUGCUGUUGCUCCUCACCUGAGAUCUUUACUGCAGAGCCUCUGUAACUUUUUCUUGACACGGGGACUUGCUAGAGGUUCUGGGAAUCUAAUCGCUUAGUUUUUAGAGAAGCGUUUCGGACUUACAUAGUUAAGUAAUGAACUUCCACUCUUUAUCGUUAUGUCGUGUCUGUAAGAUGAGCGUUCCCAGUAGAUGUCCACAAGCAAUACUGACAGGGCUUCGUUUUCUAAGUGACCACAGAUCUGACCGUUAGGCUUUACAUUGUAAAUAAUCCUAUAAAUACUUCUGACUUUUUUUAAAAAAAGAUUUUUGAUUUGGGGAGACCGGCUUUUACAUAAAUAAGCCUUUAUUCUUUCAAAAGGUCUUGGCAAACUGUUUGGGUUUUUCAUUUUCUGUUCUCUUUUUUCUCAUUCUGAUAUGCUGUGCAGCAUUUCAGCUACUAAGAUGGAAACAAAGAUAUUCCCUUUGCUCCCAGCUCUUGAGAUUCUUUACCUGGUCCUUGGCAAAAAACCAGAACUUAGAGAAUAGGACAGCAUUGGUGUGUGUUCACACAGGUCCUUGCACAGAUCUGAACUAGAAUCAAGCCGAGGAGCACAGAACCAGCUUCGUGGAGGGUCCUGUGCUCUGUCUGGAACUUAAGAGUUCUUAUAAUUUUUCACCUGGAUGAGAAAAGCUGCUGCCACACUCUACUUGUCAGCCUCCUGUGGCAGCAAGUUGCCCUUUCCAUGAGCAUUUGGAAGGAAUAAUCAAAGCUUAGAAUACACGCAGCAUGCCUCUAAAUUCUAUUAUGGAAAGCUCCAAAUACUUCACCUUCUAAAACGUGAUUCUCUGUAGGUGCAGAGUUAUAUGAUGGUUAGUUAGCGUCUAUCAGAACCUUCCAGAGAGCAUGGUCAGGCAUUCGUGAGCCCAGCGCUGAGUUCUUUGUCCGAUGUAACCGACCAUGAGCAGGGAGAGGAAGGAAAGAGCUGGUCUUUGGACGGAGGCUUUGUGCAAUGACUUGAAGGCUGAGGAAGGAGCGAUGUACAGUGUCUUGUGACUGAAUAUGCGCACUUUGGGGAAAGUACUAGAAAAGGUUACAGUUCCACAUAGAGGAAGAUAGUUGCCCAUCUGCAAGUUCCAGAUAUUAUGUAAAACAGAAAUAUAAAGUACUGAACCUAUUACAAAAUAAAAGAAAAAAGUGAUUCACCUUAAAUUACUAUGUGCUUGAGGUUGGCUCUGGAUGGAUUUUCUAGAAAGUGAUGUCUGACUGUGUAUCAUCUAAUGGCUGUAAACUGUAGUACUAGAAUAAAAAAAAAUGGAAAAUCA